AUGGCCAAAGCCCUAGACGAAAUCGCCGAAAUCGCCGAAAUCAUGGAAAACCCAGAAAAUGUCAAUUCUUCUGAAGCGUCCGCCAUGGACACCAAAGUCGGCGCAGCAGUGACGAUACUGGUCCGUUCCUUGCACCCUCGGCUAACCAGGCAGAUCGGUAUCGGGUCUGCCCACAAUGGGACGGUCCACGCGGCCGAACCGACUGCCAUCGAUUGUACCGUGGAGGCGAUUCAGGAGGAAGCUACGGAUCAGACACUCGAGGAGACUGAAUUGGAAAAAAGACAUUCACCAUCAUCAGUGACAGCAAAUUAG